GCCGCGGUGCAGGAGGAGGCGGAGUGCAUUGACUUUGCGCAGUCGGUUUGUUUGGAUUGAUCAUUGUUCCACAUUGUGUUGCAGCACUCUACUACUGAAUAAUGGCAGGAUUUGGUUUCCUCUCUGGGUCAUAAUGCAGCGUCGGAAUGUGACCAGACGUCAGAGACCAGCAGAUGUGAAGACGAGAAGAGCUGCGUACCUCAGCAGGACCUGGCUGACGUCGGACCCUCUGUGGGGCAUCCGAGAAUCCAGCCCCUUCCGCCGCCUCCUCUUCCACAGCAUCGAGAGACGCAGAGAGAAGCCCUUCCUGUACAAAAAGCAAUGGCACGGAGCUGUGUACCAGCUGCUGGAGGACAAACCCACGAGCAGAGUCAGAAGGUCAAAAAGUAGAGCGGCCCAAAAGGAGCUCGAGGAGCACUCUCCAGCAAAUUCGGCAACGCGCCGCGCCAGGUUCUCGAAGGACGCGUCUUCGCUCGGGCCUCUGGGAAGGCCAGGCACGGGAGGGGAGAGGCGCUCUCGGCGUCCGAGGUCCCCCGGCGAGCCUUCUCGUGCGAGAGGGCGUUCCCACGAGGGAGCUGCUGUUUCUGUAAAAGACACCUCGGCAGAAUCAGCCGACGGAGACGCCGCGCCAAACCGCCGUGCUUCCCUGCGCAGGAGGAAGCGGCGUUCCGGCAGAAGGCGGGUGAAUCGGAGCAGCAAGGGGAAGCUGAAGGGGCCGGCAGGGUGGAGCAGCACACUGGUCAGGUCCAAGUCAGGUGUCGGACAUAAAAGGAGAACUCCUGUGCUGUUGAUGCGGUAUAAGAGGCCGUCUCUUUUCGACAUCCAUUUUCUCUGCAGGGUCAAGAGGUCUCGGCAUGGCAGUCGCAGAAAGGGCAGAAAAGUGAAGCACUUCUCGAGGAUCUCCACCCUGAGAGUGAAGAGGUUGAGGGCGGUGGUGCUCAGCCAUUUGUCCAGCUUGAAAGCAGGCUCCAGAGACUUGAUCACGGCAGUGAAUGACACCGUCUGGCCCAGACUGAGAAAGAAACUGUGGAAUACGUCGAGGGCAGAUGGGGCGGGGCUCUCGGGAGAGGUGAUGGCGGAAGAAUCCCUCGUCUCCGAGGAGGCGGAGCCCCGAGACAUGACUGAAAAUGGGCCCAGCGGCGGCCAGAAGUCGGCGUGCAAGGCGGGCGACUCCGGGAGAACGAAGCGCAAAAGCAAGCCUCCUUCGGACAGCGGAGCCGCGGAGAAGCUCGGCGCGCGCAGCCCGCCCUCGGGGGAAAAAAACAGAAAGCACCCGAGGAAAUCCCGAGGCGGGGGAGACGCCCCCCGUCGGGACGUGGGGGCCGACCCCGCCCCCCCGCUGGUCAACGGCACGGCCGGGCAGGAUGCCGGCAAGCCCGAGGACAUGGAGGUGGAGGCGCCCCACCUGUGCGCCGACCCCUUCAACAGGCAGCUGCGGGAUCACCGCUACUGCAAGAGCCUCUCCGGCCGGGAAGGACACGGCUCUCCCCAGGGGGAGGAGGGCCCGAGCGACAAGCCGCUCCGGAGCGCGGCAGUGAGCGACGAAGAACUCCGGGAGCUCAUCCACGAUUUCCUGGAGGAGUUCUUUGGAAAGUAUGGAAGCUUUAUUCCUCUGAGCAAAAGUGAUGUGCUGGAGCACCUGUCUAAAGUGGUGAAUAAGGACCUCGCGGAAAGGAAGGCUUUCGUAUACUCAGAAGUAAGAAAGUAUCAGGCUGGCCUUGCCAGUGCUCCUAUGCACUUCUUCAAAGUGACCUACAACAAGCACACCUUAACCUUAGAGGAUCUCUCUACACUGGAAGGCCAUAACUGGCUGAACGAUCAGGUCAUUAACAUGUAUGGAGAACUGAUCAUGGAUGCUGUAAACCAUAAGGUCCACUUCUUCAACAGCUUCUUUCACAGACAGCUCUCAACCAAAGGAUAUGAAGGAGUAAAGAGGUGGACCAAAAAGGUGGAUCUGUUCUCCAAAUCCCUCCUCUUAAUCCCCAUACACUUGGAGAUCCACUGGUCUUUGAUCACCGUCGACAUAGCAAACCAAAACAUACAGUUUUAUGAUUCCCAAGGCAUUCAUUUCAAGUACCCUGUGGAGAACGUCUUGAAAUACAUCUUAACGGAAGCAAGAGAAAAGAAGAAGGCAAUCUUUCAGAAAGGCUGGAAAAUGAUUGUCAACAAGUGCAUCCCGCAGCAGAAGAAUGACAAUGACUGUGGCGUCUUCGUCCUACAGUAUUGCAAGUGCCUGGCGUUAGGAAAACCUUUCCACUUUUCCCAAGAGGACAUGCCCAAAGUACGCAAAAGGAUUUACAAGGAGCUUUGUGAAUGCAGGCUAAUAGACUGAUUUGGAAUUGUGGAGGAUGGAGCCGCCACACUUUUCUUUUCACUGUUCCUACUCUUUUGAAAAGGACCACCUGAACUUGACCGUUAUUUUCGGCGGGCGAUUCGUGACAUGGGGAGAUCAAGCUGCGUGUUGUGCAGACUGCUUUGUUAAACGUGAUGUCAUUUAAUAACAGUUCUGUGGCGCUCAUGUUCAAAGAUGCGCUGAACUGAUGCAGAAGUGGUUUCAUUCUACUGAACGUUGGCGAUGAUGUGCUUGCUGUGUCGACACUGCAGAAAACACAGGUUGCACACUGAAGGGCUUAAAUGGGACUCCUGUGAUUUUGACUUGCUUCCGGCUUGGGAGUAACUGUUAGGAACCAAGUGCAGUUUGUGUAUCUCCAGUUAAACAGCACAGCAUUGUGAUCUGGAACUCUCUGGUACAGUGAAAUUUUAUGUUACCUCGCAUUAAAUUGCUGAAAGUUUACAGUCUUUUACAAGCAUUUUCCUGUGUCAGCUGUGUGCCCCUUUCGUGUGCUGAUGCCAUGUGAACAUUUGGAAUUUCGUGCACUUUUAAACCAACGGCUGAAACUGUUCUCAAGGCUCUGCUGCUUUGGUCAUUUUAAGAACUAUAACCAAAUUUCUGUUAUUUUAUCAGUUCUUUACUCCUUUAGAGUACGUAAGCUAUAUCAAGUCCUAAGAAACUUGAAAGGUUUUUUUUUUUUUGUAGGUAUUAUGCAAGUUUAACAGGUAGUGUAGUUUCCUUGCAGAAGAAUUAACAGCGAUUAACGUUCAGGUCUUGCAAACUUGAUGAGGUAAAUUAUUGAUACUGCAUGUACAUUGUCAGACUCUGAGAGACCACAAAACUACUCUGUGUGGACCACAUUGCUUGAUUGUUGGGGAAGAAUGUUUCAUUGUUGGCUGUUAGCUAAAACACAUGCCAAACGAUGUUCUUUCUGGGCAGUGUUUUUCUUUAAAUAAAACCUGAGAGUGGAUCAGUGAAGAUUUUUCUGUGCAGUGACUUCUGUAUAAUGAGUAAGUGCAUGGCUUUUACUGUCUCCCAACCCAGCUUUUUUUUUUUUACACCUUUCGCAUGUGGUCAUUUAAAAGUAGAAAUGGGAACACUGAAAUCUCAGUUUUAGUUUGGUAGUUCUCACCUCAGUUUUUUUAGCCCAGUUAAACAUAUUCAGAAAUGAUCAGAUGUGUUGUUUGUAUGAAAACAGUAAAAUAGCUUUAUCUUUCUACAUAUAUAGAAAGAGAACAUAUUCAUGUUAAAAAGAUAUAUGACUAAACAUCUUAUAGAAUGUAAUUCAUUAGGAAAAUGUGGAUUGUUUUUAACUAGAAUCUAUUUAUUUUUGCAUUACCUGCCUCUUGAUGACAGAACCAAGAAAAAAAUACUGAUUGAUGUACUGAGUGAUAAUCUUGUCUGACCAUAUAACAGUGGAUAAAGAAAACAAGAUUGACCUGGAUUCAAAAACAUAGAAUACCAUUUAAUGGUUUUACUUGUCAGACUGAAGAAGAGCUCAGUAUUGCAGUCGAAUUACUUCUUUAAAUACUUUUUUAAAGCAGUACUCCUUGCAAUGUAAUAAUUCUACUGAACCUUAAAGGAGUACCUAGGUUUAUGUUACUACUGCCUUAUGAUUAGUUCUGAACAAAGCUAUUCAGUACAGGAGUGUUGUGCAACACAUACAGGAGACGUUUCAGUCGUAGCUCUGGUGCGUUUUUAACCAGGUGUUCUGUUUGCGAGUUAGAUUCUGAAGCACUGUUUACAGUUUUCAUUGUGCGAUUUGUACAGCUUGUAAGAAAGAAAAUUAUAACUUGUUGUAAAGAGUACUUGAGGUGUAACAAUAAAAAUGACUUUUUUAGGUCUGAUUGUAGUUGCUUCUUAUAGAUUAAUUUAGUAGUGAUGUCCAGUUUACGCAGUGUUCCUUGCAUCCUUAACAUUUCUGCUUAAAAUAUUUGUUGUAGCCUAACAGAGUAUUAACUUCUUUUAAAUGUAAACAUCUGUUCAGUGUUUAGCAACAGUUUAAUUGUGGGUCUGGCACAGUUUUUGUGUAUAACUCAUGGGAUUAAAUGUAUGUUUAUAGUUCCAGAGCAGCAGUGACAAAAUACUGAUACACAAUAAAAGUGCAGCAGUGUACAUUGUUCGUCAAAUUCUUUUUGAGCCCAAACAUUUACACUUUAAGUAGUGAGCAGAUCCGUUAAGUGAUUGAUUGGCGUUGUUGCUUGGGGCUAACACAAAUGCUCAACUGAAAUCAUUGUUGUUCAUGAAAGACAAAAAGACCAAAAUGAAUAAGAAUCUAUUAAACCAAUCGAAAUCACUCCUUAAUCACGGGCACAGUAAAUUAGAUGACCAUGUCAACUUGAGCAGCUUGGAAAUUCUAGAUUGCUUGGUUCCUAUUAUCAUGAUUGAAGGCAGACUUCCUGCUAAAUGUUAGGUGGAGAAUGAGGUUCUGCUUCAACAAUUAGGUGAAAAUGAGAAACCAUCUCUGUGAGGACUAGGAGAGAUUCUGGCCCAACAUCUGGCAUGUUGCAUCUGUCUGGUCAAGUCAACCUUUAUUUUACUGUGGCAGCAAAAGGCUUUCCAUAGGCAUGCCUGGAAUUUGGUGGCAAUCAUACGUUCGUUAUUGCCGCGUUUGUUGUCUCCAGCAGGGGGCCCUGCAAGUGUGAUGAGGUGGGAUUAACACAAGUGUGCCUCUUGUGCAGACUGUGACCUCAUUGCUCAGUCAUCCUCUGCUGGAUUCUUUUCAGCCCUCAGUUCUUCUUUACCAAGGAAGCCAGUCUGGAAGCGUUGGUCUUCCAGCAUGACAAUGCAAGCCCACACAGUGCAAGGACUACACUGGCAGGACUCCCAAGAAAACAAUGUUGUCUUGCCACGGCCAGAUUUAUAUGCCGAUUUCAGGCUCUCGUUAGUGUCUCUGUGGGAGCGGCUUGCCAGUGCUGUGACAAGGAGCCAGCUGGCUACAGCUGCAGAGGACAAUGUGCAACAUCCCACAGCAGUCUGGUGGGAGGCUGGAGGGGUCCAUACGACAGUGCUGCUGCUCAGGAAGGUCAUACCAGCUUUAUACUGCUUUCGUUUAAAACUGUCAUGUUUCAUAUUGAAAACUACCGCUUUGUAUUUCUGUUCACAUUUUCUGUGAUUUUUUUUUUGUUUGGCAUUUGUUUUAAAUAGUCAAUUAAAUCCAGUUCUAGAUCUGA